CUGGAAAACAGAUUUGCUGUUCUUGUGGAAUGAAGCUUAUAAUUCUAUUAAAUGCACAAUGCCACGGGCGAAAUGCCCCAUUUUUCACCAUAAAAGAUUGCAUAGCUGACAUAAUGUACCCAUCAGAAUACAUUGCUAUUCUGUAAUAUCGAGGACUCCUCUGAUCAAAAUUAAAAUAAUCACAUUGAAACUGUGAAACGAAAAGCAACCAAAAGCGUCAUAUGGAAUGAUAUAUUAACCGCCACUCCUAUAUUCCGUCACGGAAUAUUAAACUAUUCAACGAAUCUGCUAUUCUAUGAAGUGAACACCAGACACUGCCAGACACGCACCAGGUUGGUGGUGAGUGGCGAGUGGUGAUUGCAGUCAAUUUAGUUAACUAAAUAUGGCUCCUGUUGACAGCUCGCCGGCGAGACCUCUUAGUGGAAAUUAUGAGCUAAUUUGCUCUCUUAAAGCCAAUGAUUUAAUUCCUGUACAUAAGUACAAAUCCACCGUUACUGGACUUACGAUUGUCAUUGCAGAAGUGGAAGGGCCAGUUGUCAACGGCUACUUUUGCUUAGCUACUGAAGCACAUGAUGAUGAUGGCUUGCCUCAUACAUUGGAGCAUCUCAUCUUUCUCGGCAGUGAAAGUUACCCGUACAAAGGCGUUCUUGACUUGCUUGCUAACAGAUGCCUUGCAUCAGGAACCAAUGCCUGGACUGAUACUGACCACACUUGUUAUACCAUGACUACUGCUGGAAGUGAGGGAUUCCUCACUUUGAUGCCUAUCUAUUUGGAUCAUAUCCUCUACCCUACUUUAACAGACUCAGCAUUUAUUACUGAGGUUCAUCAUGUGACGGAAGAAGGGGAAGAUGCAGGUGUUGUUUAUUGUGAAAUGCAAGGCCGUGAAAAUAUGGGAGAAUCAAGAACGUAUCUUUCAAUGAUAAGAGCUGUAUAUCCAGGACAUUGCGGUUAUAAGUCAGAGACUGGAGGGAUUAUGAAGAAUUUGAGAGAAAGUACAAAUAAUGAGAAGGUUCGCCAAUAUCACAGAGAGUUCUACCGACCAGAAAAUUUAACUCUCAUUAUCACUGGCCAAGUAAAGCAUGAUGAUGUUUUCAGAGCUUUAGCUCCUGUGGAAGACAAAAUAACUUCUAAGGGUGGUCAAGGUCCAUUUUCUAGGCCUUGGCAGUCUCCUGUUCCUGCUCUAACCGAAUCAGUUGAUUUGAGGGUUCCAUACCCCUGUGAUGAAGAGGACAAUGGAAUGGUGUAUAUUGCUUGGCGAGGCCCUUCUGCCGUAAAAGAACUGUACAGAAUGUGUGCUUGCUCUGUACUUCUUAAAUAUUUAACUGAUACAUCGGUUAGUCCACUACAGAAAGAAUUUGUAGAAAUUGAAGAUCCUUAUGCAAGCAAGGUGUGUUAUUCAUUGGCUGAGAAUUCUGAAUCUAUGUUGUAUCUGAUGUUUGAAAACGUUCCUAAUGAUAAAUUGAAUUUUGUGAAAGGACGUUUAACUCAGAUAUUGGGAGCACUUGCUAGUGGGGAUGAAAAACUGGAUAUGAAAAGGUUACGCACUGUGAUUCAUAGGCAGAUUUUGGAGUCUUUGAGUCACCUUGAAACUAGUCCCCAUGAAGGUGUUGCAUUUAUGAUAAUAGGUGAUAUGUUGUAUGGUAAUACAAAAGAAGAUUUGGACCACCGAUUGAAUCAAGUGGAAGAUCUUCGUAUCAUGGAAAAUGAACCCGAGGAAUUUUGGAUUAAUCUUCUCAAGCGGUACUUGGUAGAUGCUCCAAGUGUAACAGUUCGAGGUAUUCCAAGUGUUGAGGAGCAACAAGCAAUGGCUGUAGGAGAGAAGAAACGUAUAGAAGCCCAAAGAAACUCAUUGGGUACAAAAGGACUGGAGGCAAAUGGGGAGAAGUUGAAAAAUGCAACAACAGAAAAUGAGAAACCACCACCAGAAGAAAUGCUUACAUCGGUAUCUAUUCCAAGUACUGCAUCAAUUAAUUUUCAUCCUAUUCAAAGUUGUACUAGUGAUUCCAUUGAACAAAAUCCUAAAUUUGACCUGAAGAAAAUUCCAGUUCAAAUGCACUUGGACAAUGUGCACACCAAUUUUGUAUAUAUGUAUGUUCUGAUGGACACAUCAUGUGUGAGCCGAGAAAUGCGACCUUAUCUACCUGUGCUUCUGGAAUCUCUCCUAGAAUUGCCCAUUAAAAGAGGGGAUGCAGUGGUGCCAUAUGAAGACGUAGUGGCUGAGUUGGAAAUGGACACAGUGGCUGCUGUCACAAAAAUUGGACUUGAGGGAUCAUCACGAUUUCAGUGUGGACCCUAUUCUCAUACUGCUGCUCUUUUAUUGCAAUUGGAACCUAUAAAAUAUGAGCGCUGCAUCACUUGGAUUCGAGAGCUGUUAUAUCAAACUCUCUUUAUUCCAGAGAGGUUGCGAAUAAUUUCUGCCAAAAUUGCCAACGAUGUUGCUCAAGUGAAGAGGCAGGGAAAUAAUGUUGUCAGAGAUCUUAUGAAGGGGCUAGCAUUCAAUAAAGAUAGUAAUCAUUAUGCUUCAAGUAUGCUUAGACAACACCAGUUCCUUACAUCUUUAAUUGAAAAGUUGGAUUCUGAAGAAACACAAAGGGAAGUACUUGAUGAAAUUGAUCAAAUUCGUAGACUCAUUACUAAUCCUGAGAACCUUGUCAUUCAUCUUGCUACAAAUAUCGACCAGUUAGUAUCAAAAAUCGGUGAUCCUGUAAAGCCUUGGUUGAAUCUGCUACCUGGGGAUUCUACUGUCAUUAAAAAAAAAUUGUCUGUGACACCAGACUGGACGUUGCUGCUGCCUCCUGCUGACCAGACCACAAACAGUUGUGUUGUUGGCCUGGGAUGCAUAGAAUCUUCAUUCUUUUGCCAAACAACUAGAGCUAUAAAAGAUUUCAGUGAUCCUGAUUUGCCUUCCCUUCUUGUGUUUCUGCAAUACCUCACUCAGUUAGAGGGACCUUUGUGGAAGCAAGUACGUGGUUUGGGACUGGCUUAUGGCUACACAAUGAUUCCACGUCCAAAUGAAGGACUUUUAUAUCUUUCUUUUUAUCGUGCUACCAAUUGUGUCUUGGCUUAUAAAGAAGUAAAGAGCAUUGUGGACACACAUCUAUCUGAUGGAGCAAAAUGGGACCAAACUUUAUUUGAGUCUGCAAAGAGCUCUUUAAUAUUUGAAAUAAUUGAACAUGAAAAGAGUAUUGGAGAUGUUGUUAACCAGUCUCUUUUAUCUUACUUCAAAGGGGUGGAUCACAAUUACAACAGAAAUUUAGUCAAUUUGAUUGCACAAGUUUCAACUGAUGACCUGAAUCGAAUUGGACCCAAAUAUGUUGCUCCCCUUUUUGACCCUCAGAAAUGCAAAACUAGUGUUGUUUGUCACCCUUCAAAAGCUGAAGAAAUUGCUAGUGGUUUCAAAGACAUGAAUCUUGCCCUGCAUAUUUACCAAACACUUGAAGAUAGUUUCUUGAACAAGUGGUGAAAUAUUGAACUGGAAGUAAAUUUUUGGAAUACCACAUUGAUUUCGAGUAGCAACUGUGCUAUUCCAAUCCUGUUGUAUCAUGCAUUAAUUCUGCAGUUUAUUCUGAAAGACUGACUUAUGUGAUGAGAGAUAAUAUGAACUUUUUCAGUUUUUUUUUACAGUGUAUUGCUUUCCAUGUUCUUUAUGAACUUAGUUGAUUUAUAUUUUGAUUCCUGCACAUUUUUCAAAUUGAAAUUUAUUAUUGAAGGUAUGAUUAUUAUUUACAUUAAGGAAAAGAAAACUGUUGUACCUUGAAACACUUUUUCAUCAUUAUUGUACAAAACAAAAUUUAUAGUGUUUUUAAAAUUUCAAGAGUAAAUAUAAAAGAAUAUAUUGUGCAUAAUGAAUAAGUCAGUUUUUAUUUGAAAAUCUGUUGCUUAUGGCCUGAAUAAUUAUUGAACUUCGUCAAUUCAAGAUUUUUAAUACAGAAGAAGCCAAAUAGUUUAUUUGUGUGAUUUAUGUAGGCUUUGCAUCAUUCUGGAAAAAUUUGAGUUCAAAGAAGUUUUUGGAGACUUGAAAGUGUUUUCAUGAUAGAAUACAAGUGGCCAAAUAUCAGAGUAUUUGGAAUUGUCCAGAGAAAGGGAAAACAAAACAAAGAGGGAGGGAGGGGAGAAAGAAGAGCCAAUAAUUUGCUUUUUCAAGAAGUUUUGCUUUCAAAGUACACAUUCUAGGUUCUACUGCUAUGUUUAUAAGAGUAGUUUUCUUACUGUUAUGAGUAUUUAAUAUGAUCAGAGAAAGCACAAGUUAUUGUCACAAUUGCAUUUACUUUGUUCACCUCUUCCUUUAAUCUUUCUCUUGUACAUUUUUUAUUUUAACUCUAGAAUGCCAUGAGUGAGUGUCCUUGUCUCAGACCCAUUUUGAAAUGGCAGUAUUUUUUGUGUACAGUGCUACACUUUCAGGAUUGCACCCUCCAAUAUGUUUAGAAUAUCGUGGGUGAUUUUGACAAAUAAAUUCUUAAUAUUUAAUAGUAAAGUUAUGUUGUUCAUUACUAGUACAACUUAGCACUUUGCAAGUCUCUGGGACUUGUGGAAUGAUACAUUACAUAUUAUCAUCUCCUUUACCAAAUAACUCCAAAUGUUGUUGGGUGUAAGCAAGUUACCUCAGAAGUACACACUUCUAAGCAGAAGAUAUGUGGAAAUGGUAAUGAGUAGAAACCUACUCCUCCAAU